AUGGAGCUCCAAUCCGUCCACAGGGCAGCCGAUUCAAUCCCGGUUGCCAACUUCGUGAAGGAGACCAGGCCCACCUUCCUAGGCCUAUUCCCCGGAUGGCGAAAACACAAGUCUCUUAUUGUGACGAUCAGGUCACUCCAAGAUGAUCGAGUGAAGCUUCUCCCUGCGGAGCGCUCCGCUCAGAACCCUUCUGAUACCAUGUCUAUCCUCAUGAUGCAAAGCAGCAAUCUGCGUGAGGAGAUCGAAGAUUUUCGAACAAAAUGUCGCCGACAGGUCAAGAAGCUCGCCCACGUCAUCGAUGAGGCUCUGGAAACAAUCAAGGACCUGAAACAUUCCAAGGAGGAAGCUCAACGCAUCACUCAUGAAUCUCAGGCUCUUGUGGUGCUUAAUGGUGGAAUGAUCCCUCCCCCAAACAUACUCUAUGACUGGGAGAAAGAUUCGAUAGAGGAGGGGGUCAGUCCCGAUUACUAUGCAGUAAUGAAGACUGCCGAAUGGGAGAUUGCGGAUGCCGAGGAGCAACUCAACUACCAUUCUGUCAUCGACCAGCUCCUACAAGACAGCAUGCUUAAAUUCGCUGCUGCGGCCAGAAUGCAGGGAGGCGAGUACCGAGAAUGGGUUGAGGGAUGCCAAUUUUCCGGAGAGAAUCUCGUCCGAUGCCAUGAGCGAUUGAUGGAGUGGAUGUUCAAGAAAUUUAAGCAAGCCAUCUCUGAGGAAGACCACGCCAGACUGGGUCUACCACUGGGAAACGGGAAGGUCUAUUCGGAGUCGGAUGACAGCGGAUUCCCGGCCCCAGGGGAGCCGAGCUCGAUCAAAGUCAGCUCCGAGUCUCCCGUCCGCAGAGCAAAAGGAAAAGAUGACAAGAGCCACACCCGUCCCGAAGUUCCUUCCGAGUCUGUAUUCGAUGCCACUCAAGCUGUCGACCACUUCGGAUCUCGCAAUAGAUACCCUGCAGCCAGUAUCCAGCCCGAGUCUUGCACUCUAUGCAAGAAGCACAAGGCAAAGUGCGAAAACUUCUACCCAGAAACUGGCAGGAAUGUGUGCACCCACUGCGGUCAGAAGGGUCAUCGUGUUGAGAGAUGCUGGUUGCUGAAGCCGGAGUUGAAGGCAGAAUACCUAGACAAGGAGAAGACCACUAUUUGCCACAUCUGUGCUCAGAUUGGCCACUAG